CGCACCGCCGCCGUAGCCAACAACACACUAAAACGCGUACAACAACAAAUACCUGUUGCCGCCGCGAUUGUGUUUCGUCUCGUUCGUGGUUUAUCAAUAAACCAUUGUUUUGUUUUUUGUUUUUGUUGUUUAUUAACAAUUUUAAUGUUAAUAAUUGUUACGACAACGACAGCUGUCAUGUUUGUGUUCCAUUAAACGCUAAAAUUUUCGUCGUUGCGUUGAUUAUUACGGUUGUUUGUGUAGUGGCGUGCACGCUGAGUAUCUACCAACGCUAUGAUGCAGUCGACCGAUGACGGAUAUUUUAACUGUUCAUUCCACAUUUAGCAAGGAUUUAAAAUUAUUCUGAAAAAUGGAAGAACAAGAAAGUGUGAACAAAACAUUACCUCUUGCCAAAAAACAAAAAAUAAAUGACAAUGAGUAUCGAUUGGUAGAUUUAAAUAUUGAUACUGUUAGCUUAAAUUUAACCAAACAUUGUUUAUGUCAACUACCUGAGACAUGUAUGUUAAAAGAAGUUUUUCAAGUCUCUGACAUAAGUAGUUGGAAUAAAGAUCGUUUGUUAAACUUUUUGAGUUCAGCUAGGUUAACUUGCGAUAUUGCUCUCAAACAACAAGCAGAAGGUACUAUAUGUACUAGUGUAGAGCGUCUUAGCAAUUACCUAGUAUCCAAUAGAACUGGAAUUGUAAAUGAAAUAGUAACUUUAUUGACACGUUCAGAUCCAUACAUUUCAUAUGCAGCCAGUUAUGCUUUGUCAGAUAUAUUUAUUUGUUCAAAAAAUCAAUUGGACAAUUUAUGGGUAGAACAGCUUACAGAUUUAUUUCUUAGGCGGUCACCAGAAACUUUAUGUCCUGUUAUAUCAGUUUUUAAGCGUGUACUGUGCUGGAGAGAUGCACAAAUGAUUGAUUCAGAGAAAAAUAUUAAAAUGGCAGAGAAUUGUAUUAGUAGAAAAGUUAUUUUUGAAGAUGAUGAAAUUGAAAUGGAUGAUGAAUUUGGAUUAAGUAUAGUUAAAACAAGAGUUAUAGAAGUUUUACAACCUCAAUGGAGAAUGAUAGUAUUAAAAUUCAUAAGAUUCAUGUCAUCUUUUGAUCAUUGUACAGAUUUAAGUAAUGAACUAUUUGAGCACAAAAUGGGACAUAUUGCUAUUAUAGAGUUCAUUAAAUUAUGGACUUCAAUGGUCUCUAUAAAAACGAAUUUAAAUGUAAUGAACAUCAAGUACUUUUAUGCUGAUUUGGGUCAAAUGUUAAUACUUUUGAGAAGACCAAAAGUACAACCUGUUAUUUGGAAAAAUAUAAUCAACCUUUUUAAUGAAAGUUUAUGUUAUACUAGUACUUUAGCGGUUCAAGGUACAAUGCAAGAAGAACCGUGCAUGUUGGCACGGGAGUUAGUUAAAGUGGUAAAAACUAAAAAUAUGUUGACUAACAUGCCAUUCAAAAAAGGAUCUGGUGAAUAUGGUGGAGGUGAAGGAGAUGGAGAUAAGAAGUUGUUACAAGAUACUGUGCUAUUAAUUUUAAAAGCUGUAGCAACUAUAAUUAAGGAAACAAAAAAUGAAUCAUCAUCUAGUGAUUCUUCUUCUGAAGAAUCUGAAGAUUCCGAAGAAAUAGAUGCAGAAAUGGCUAUAAUUGAAAGUAGUGUGAAUGAUGUACUCCGUAAGUUGGAUACUUGUGUAAAGAAGUGCAUGUCUUAUUUACCUGAAACCCCAAUAGCACAAUGGAUUGUACAACUUUUUGCAGAUCGAAAUGAUGUACUUAUUGAGAGUAUGAUUUGUACUAUAGAUAUUUCAUUAGUUUUAUGUUAUCGUCGAAACUCAUUGCCUAUGCUAAGACAUGUAUUGAAUCCCACUGCAAGUUUAGUUGAAUUUUUACAAAUAAUUUCUUACAAUAAUGAUAUUAAUGAAUUAAUAUUAGAUUUAUUAUUGGGUAGUGAUACUAGUUUUCUACUGUAUAUUAUGAGAAUUUUAAAAUUUAUAUGCAAUAGAUGGACUGAAUUCUGUUUGUGUUGUGACACAAAAUUACAGAGUACAAUGGCCGUAUUGAUGGGCUUGCAGAAAAAUCUUGUUCAACUAAUUAGAAAUAACUUGACUCCUUACAAUCUAAAUCCAGUAUUGCGAUUAUUAAUUAGGUGUAAAGAGUUGUACAUUGGAGUAGGUACUGUUAAUAUUUAAAUUUCUUAUCAUCCUUCUUAUUUAUUCAAAUGUAUAUAUCAAAGAAAUAUCAUGGAUGAUAUUGUUCUUAGGUAAUAUUUUUGCUUUUAAUAUGGUAUAGUAAAAUUACCUCUAUUUUAAAACAAAUAAAAAUUAGUUAAAUUGCAUAUUAAAAAUUAAUUUUAUCUAUUCCUCUUAUAUCAUAAUAGACCAUCAUACUGUUAUAUUACAAUAGUCAUCAACUGACAUAUCCAAUAUUGAAAUAUGGCUGACAGAGCAAUAUAUACCUGUAUUAUUUUCAGUAUGUUCACAACCAAAUAUUUAUAUUUUAUAUAAAGUCUAUUUUAAUUUUUAUUAUAUAUUAAAAAAUAUAUAUUAAUAAUUUUGUAUUAGCUAUCAAUUUUUAAAAGUAAAUAAAUUUACUUUUUUUGUAAGUUUAACAUUAUUAUCAACUAUUUGGGACAUAAUGAUCAGGUUGACAAACUUUAAGUCUUCCAGUUUAUAGUAAUUUGUUUAGAAUAUUUAUUUUGUAUAAAGAGAAAGUAUUAUUAACUUAAAGACUGAUAAAUAAGGACUAUUAAUAAAUAGCAUAAACAUAAGUUCAUUUAGUGUAAGAGCUCUAGCCAAGUUUAGCCAUUGGAUAAUCAAAUUUUAUAACACUUAGAUUUAAUAUUAAUUUAGCCGAAUUUUUAUAUUUUCAUUAUUGAGUUGUGAAUUUUUUUUACUGAAAUAAAUAUAUUUAUUUUAUAUAAUUUAUUUAAUAAUCAAAAUGUGAAUAAUUUUCAUUGAUAAUAAAAAUAUAUUAUUCAUUAAAUUGAGCUUAGCCCUAAUUUAAAGUUUUUAUGUAUUUUUUUAAAUGUGUGCUUUUUAUGUGUUGGAUAUUUUAUACUCAAAUUACAAUUUUCAUUAGCUUUGGUUUUUUAUUUUUGAAAUAUGCAUUUUAUUUUGUAUUAGUAUCACUAAAUAACAAAUUUUUAUAUGUGAAUUAUUAUUGUUAUACGUGUAUACUUAUUUUAUUGUAUUAAUGAAUUGUCAUUAGGGUACUAUUUCAUUUGUAAAAUAAUUUUACAUGUAUCAGUAACUUUGAUGAUAAAUAGUAUUUGUCUUUUAAUUCAAAUUGUUUACAUCAUUGAAUAUCAAUUAAAAGUAAAAAUAAUUUGUCAACAAUUUUUCAUUUAUGUAGUUAUUUUGAUUAAUACAAAUGCAUUUUUAAAAAUACUAUUUAUCCAAGUUAAAUGUAAUGAUCUUGCCAUAAUAUAAUUUUAAAGACUUAAUUAACACCUGAUAAAUAAAAAUAAUUUUUAACAACUGAAUUUGUAUAUUAUAAUAUAUAUUUUUACAUUUACUGUAAUGUUAUAUUCUCUCCUCUUUAAAAACUUUAUUUCAAACAUUCAUUGUAUCAUAAUCCGUCCAAAAUUUGUAUGUAUAAUAUAUAUUUGUCUUAUGUUUAAGAACCCGUAUCAAAGACUAGAUAAUAAAUGCAAUUUUUCUCAA